CCCGGCAGAGAAGCUCGGGCGGUGCGGAAGCGCGAGCGCGGGAGUUAGCUGUGCAGCCAUGGUGGGACACCUGAGCGAGGGGGCCAUCGCGGCCAUAAUGCAGCAGGGAGAUACAUCCAUAAAGCCCGUCCUUCAAGUCAUUAACAUCCGACCCAUUACUACAGGGAAUAGUCCACCCCGGUACCGACUGCUUAUGAGUGAUGGGUUGAACACGCUUUCCUCUUUCAUGCUGGCCACACAGCUGAACACCCUGGUGGAGGGGGGGAAGCUGGCCAGCAACUGUGUCUGCCAGGUCCACCGGUUCAUCGUUAACACCCUGAAAGACGGAAG